AUUUAUAAAUAUCAAUAUACGUCCCAGCUGUCAAAACUACUGUUGUUGAUUAUAAAAUAAAUAAAUGAAAAUAAUUUUAUCGAUGUUAAGAAAAUAAAGUUUUAUAAAAAUAUAAAAUACUUUAUUACAUAGUAUUUUUAUCAGAGAGUUUUAGAUUUAUCACAGUAAUGGAUUUAGCUAAGUCGUUGUUUAAUGUUAGGGAUCACGAAGGUUAUGUUGGAAAAGAAGAUCACAAUAAAAAACUUGAAACACUUGGGUCUGAAGAUGAGUACGACGGAGAUUUUAAUGAAUCGAGCGAAGACCUGAUAUCUCCAGUACCAGGAGGCCCGUUUUCAGCUCUGACACCGUCCAUGUGGCCGCAAGAUAUCCUAGCAAAGCUCAACCAGCCAGAAGACCCAAAUUCUCAGCCCGACUACAGGUUCGACGAGUUUGGCUUUCGAGUAGAGGAAGAAGACGGCCCAGAACAGAAUUCCAAAAAACUCCUGGGAGUGCCAUUCGUCGAGGACCCACAGCACAGACAGCAGUGGCUGACCCUAAUGGAGUUCAGUCGUUCCCAAGAAAUCCCAGAAACUCUGUGGCACCGUACAGACCAGCGUCUGCCCAGAACUGACAAGCUGAGAGAGAUGGUAAGACGUGGAAUUCCUCACUCGCUUCGUCCGAGAAUCUGGAUGAGGAUGUCCGGAGCUCUGCAUAAAAAAAUAUCCUCAGACAUGAGCUACAAGGACAUCGUAAAGGCGUCGAGCAGCGACGCGCUGAUGACCAGCAAACAAAUAGAGAAAGAUUUACUGAGAACUAUGCCAGCGAAUGCCUGCUUUAGCAAUUUACACAGCACGGGAAUCCCAAGACUGAGGCGAGUAAUGCGAGGCUUGGCUUGGCUCUACCCGGACAUUGGCUACUGCCAAGGAACAGGAACCAUGGCUGCGUCUCUGCUGCUGCUCCUGGAAGAAGAGGACGCGUUUUGGAUGAUGGCUACCAUUGUCGAAGACUUGCUACCUGCUUCUUAUUAUUCUUCUACACUUUUGGGGGUUCAAGCAGACCAAAGAGUCCUGAGGACACUUAUCGCUAAUUAUUUACCUGACAUUGAUCAUGUUUUGUCGCAGCAUGAUAUAGAAUUAAGCUUGAUCUCGCUUCACUGGUUCUUAACUCUCUUUGCUUCAGUUGUCCACAUGAAAAUUCUGCUGAGAAUCUGGGACUUGUUUUUAUUCGACGGCUCGAUAGUUUUAUUUCAGGUGACCUUCGGCAUGCUGAAAAUUCGAGAGUCGGAGCUUAAAUUGCUAGAAAAUUCAGCGCAAAUUUUCAACGCGCUGUCUGACAUUCCAGGAGACAUUGAUGAUGUAGACCAAUUAUUUGAAGUUGCACUGGAGGUCAGUGGAUCUUUGACAGAUGUCCUUAUUGAGACUCACAGGCGACGGCAUCUAGCCUACCUAAUGGCUGACCAGGGUGGUCUGGUUGGUAAUCCAGACGCAGUACCAAAUUUACCGAAGCAACACCUCAAUAAGCGGCAAAUGAAACGCAACAAGUCAGUCCUCCAGACAUUUUUAUUCGGCAGCGACGACAGUGAAGAGGAUGCUAAGUCUAAAAAUAUAAGACAGACGGAAAUUCUCGUUGAUUUAAGAGAAACUAUUUUACAAUUAGCAAGACACUUUAUAAAUGUUGAUCCUAAAUUGACUAAUGUGUCUUUAAUUGCUGACUACACCAUGGAGAGCCAUUCGAAGGACCAUGAUAAUUAUGUCAAUGUCUCGCGGACUCGCAACAGAAGAGCUAAAGCGUUGCUGGACUUUGAAAGACACGAUGAUGAUGAAUUAGGAUUUAGAAAAAAUGAUAUCAUAACUAUUAUUAGUCAGAAGGAUGAACAUUGCUGGGUUGGUGAAUUGAAUGGACUUCGCGGCUGGUUUCCGGCUAAGUUUGUUGAGCUGUUGGAUGAGAGGAGCAAACAGUACACGUGCGCUGGAGAUGAUGCUGUUAGUGAGGCAGUUACUGAUCUUGUUAGAGGAAGUCUCUGUCCGGCUGUUAAGGCUUUUCUUGAACACGGGAUGCGCCGGCCGUCUUUCCUUGGGGGCUCUUGUCAUCCCUGGCUGUUUAUUGAAGAAGCUUCGACUCGGGAAGUUGAAAAAGAUUUCAAUUCUGUCUACAGCAGGCUUGUUCUUUGCAAGACGUACAGGCUUGAUGAGGACGGCAAGGUUCUUACGCCUGAAGAGUUACUUUAUCGCUGCGUCCAGGCUGUUAAUUUAACCCACGAUAACGCUCAUGCACAAAUGGAUGUUAAACUCCGAUCGCUAAUUUGUUUGGGAUUAAAUGAACAAGUUUUGCAUUUAUGGCUUGAGGUUUUGUGCUCUUGUGUUGAAAUUGUGCAAAAGUGGUAUCAACCAUGGAGUUACAUUAAUAGUCCAGGCUGGGUUCAAGUAAAAUGCGAAUUAAGAAUUCUUAGUCAAUUUGCAUUUAAUUUAAAUCCUGACUGGGAAUUACCAAGAAAAAAAGAACAAUCACAACCCUUAAAGGAUGGUGUUCGCGAUAUGCUUGUUAAACACCACCUUUUUUCUUGGGAUCUGUGAGUUAUUAUUUAUUUUUUUCUGGAAAUUUAUCUUAAUCACAGUUUAUUUAUUCAUCAUUUUGUUCUCAUAAUUUAAUUAAAUAUUGUGAAUUAAUUAACGAGAUAUUUGAGUACCUGCAAGAGCACACGCAUCCAUAACUAUGAUAAUAAAUCCUAAUAAGGAUUUUUUUAAUAAGAUUUUUAUUUAAUAAACCAAAGAUAGAACAGAUUAACUUAAUAGAUCAAUAUUUUAUUAGAUAAUUUUUUCCGUCCUUUUAUCAGAUUUAUAAAACUAUAAAAUUGUUCACCAAUAAUAA